GGCCCCGGCCCUGGCCCCGGCCCCCUCCCGCGCUUGGGCGCUUGGGUCACUAUCACCUCACCCAUCCCCAGGGGACGGCUGGGUGGCGAGGAACGACGGACGGAGCGCCUGCCUGGUGGCGGGCAGGACCGGGGCCGCGCGGCGGGGCAUGAGGCGGGGGCGCGAUGUCGGUUCCGCUGCUGAAGAUCGGGGCUGUGCUGAGCACCAUGGCCAUGGUCACCAACUGGAUGUCGCAGACGCUACCCUCGCUCGUGGGGCUCAACGGCACCGUGUCCCGCGCGGGCUCCUCCGAGAAAAUCACUCUCUUCCAGAGCCCCGAGGAGGGCUGGCAGCUGUACACCUCGGCCCAGGCCCCUGACGGCAAAUGCGUGUGCACCGCCGUGAUCCCGGCACAGAGCACCUGUUCCCGGGACGGCCGGAGCCGGGAACUGCGGCAGCUGAUGGAGAAGGUCCAGAACGUGUCCCAGUCCAUGGAAGUCCUCGAGCUACGGACCUACCGUGACCUGCAGUACGUGCGCAGCAUGGAGACCCUCAUGCGCAGCCUGGACGCCAGGCUCCGGGCAGCCGAUGGCUCCCUCUCGGCCAAGAGCUUCCAGGAGCUGAAGGACAGGAUGACGGAGCUGCUGCCCCUGAGCUCGGUGCUGGAACAGUACAAGACCGACACACGGACCAUCGUGCGGCUUCGGGAGGAGGUGCGGAACCUCUCAGGCAGCCUUGCCACCAUCCAGGAGGAGAUGGGUGCCUUCGGCUAUGAGGACCUGCAGCAGCGCGUCAUGGCCCUGGAGGCCCGGCUCCACGCCUGCGCCCAGAAGCUGGGAUGUGGCAAGCUGACCGGGGUCAGCAACCCCAUCACCAUCCGGGCCAUGGGGUCCCGCUUCGGCUCCUGGAUGACCGACACGAUGGCCCCCAGUGCGGACAGCCGGGUCUGGUACAUGGAUGGCUACUACAAGGGCCGGCGGGUCCUGGAGUUCCGCACCCUGGGCGAUUUCAUCAAAGGCCAGAACUUUAUCCAGCACCUGCUGCCACAGCCCUGGGCAGGCACGGGCCACGUGGUGUACAACGGCUCGCUGUUCUACAACAAGUACCAGAGCAAUGUGGUGGUCAAGUACCACUUCCGCUCCCGCUCGGUGCUGGUGCAGCGGAGCCUUCCGGGCGCCGGCUACAACAACACCUUCCCCUACUCCUGGGGCGGCUUCUCCGACAUGGACUUCAUGGUAGACGAGAGUGGGCUCUGGGCCGUCUACACCACCAACCAGAACGCGGGCAACAUCGUGGUCAGCCGGCUGGACCCGCACUCCCUGGAGGUCAUGAGGUCCUGGGACACCGGGUACCCCAAGCGCAGUGCAGGUGAGGCCUUCAUGAUCUGCGGUGUCCUCUAUGUCACCAACUCCCACCUGGCGGGGGCCAAGGUCUACUUCGCCUACUUCACCAACACGUCCAGCUACGAGUACACGGACGUGCCCUUCCACAACCAGUACUCACACAUCUCCAUGCUGGAUUACAACCCCCGCGAGCGGGCCCUGUACACCUGGAACAACGGCCACCAGGUGCUGUACAAUGUCACCCUCUUCCACGUCAUCAGCACCGCAGGGGACCCCUAGGUGUCUCCGCGGCAGCUCAGGCUGCUGGGGGCCCGUCCCUUGCCGCCUGUGUCCCUUCCGGUCUCUCUGUGGCCCCUUCUCCCUCCUUCUUUUUCCCUCCCCACCUCUGCCCAGCUUUUGUUCUCUGCCCUUCUAUUUCUUUUUCUUUUUUUUUUUUGGUACUGGGGAUCGAACUUGGGACCUUGCGCUUUCGAGGCCGGCCCGGAACCACUGAGCUAAAUCCCCAGUCCUAUGCCCUUCUGUUUCUAUCCCUGCAUUUUCUGUCAUGUCUCUCCUCCUUCUUGGUCUUUCUGUCUUUAUUGAUGUCCCGGUUUUUUAAUUACUUUUUGUGGUACCAGGGCCCUUGCACUGAGCUAUAUCCCCAGGUCUUUUUUUGAGACACGGUCUGACUAAAUUGCUCAUUUUCCCAGGCUGGGUUCGAAUUUGAGGUCCUCCUGCCUCAGCCUCCCAGAGUGCUGGGAUCACAGGUGUGGCCACUACGCCCAGCUUUUUAUUGAUCUGAACCUCCAGUCCUCCUCUCUCUCUCCUUCUCCCUACUUCCCACCGGACCCCACCCCUCCCUCCCCACCCCUCCUCCUGGAGUUGACUGCAUGGAUCUUUCUUUUUUAUUUCCAUGUUUUCUUUCUGGGUUGCCAGAAUAAAUGGACCUUUGACA